AUGAUUGAAGCGCUGCCCCUUGAGCUUCUGGAAAUGAUUAUUCAGAUUGCCCUGGACCUCGAUGAACAACAUAAGCCCACUGGCGUUCCCAAGGUCUGGGAAGCGUAUCCUGGCAGACGCAGGAAGCGUCCUCCAGGACAGAGUGUCAGCCGGACUGCCUUGCCACUCAUCCUUAGUUGCAAGACACUGUGCACCAUCACCCAUGCAAUCAUCCUUUCGCAUGUACAAUUCUGGAGCCCCCACCACUGGCAAAUGGAUUCGUUGCUGAAGUCUCUGGACCAAGCGAACCUGCUGCCUAAAUUAAGGACUGUUGCCAUUAAGCUGGACAGCGACGAUGAUAUAACUUGGGAUGACAAGGGCCAGUCCUAUGAGGACGAUGGGCGCAGCGAUCAACUCGUAGCACGUACACAGACACUUUUGGAGCGUCUUCCCGAUGGCCUACUCACUUUAUCUCUUGCGACGAAAUUCGAGGACUACUCAUCCUAUAUUUACGUAGGGAGGAUACAACCAGCUUUCCACCCAAGACUGGAGAAGUUCCGCAAUCUUCGCCAUCUUGAGCUGGAUUCUUCAGGUUUCAGGUCUUCGCAUAAGCAGCCGUUCAGAUAA